AUGUUCCCCGGGACGAAAACCCCACAAGCACGAGACACCAACAGCCUCUCGGAACCGAAGAAUCGCAUUAUACUGCAUUUUGAUUAUGAUUGCUUCUACGCCAGUGUCUUCGAGAAUGAGAAUCCUUCGUUACGAUCCCUACCCCUGGGUAUCAAGCAGAAGAGCAUACUAGCCACUUGCAAUUAUGUCGCCCGUGCCAGGGGUGUCAAGAAGCUGAUGCUCAUAUCGGAAGCACAAAAGCUCUGUCCCGAUCUGGUGCUAAUGAAUGGCGAGGAUUUGACGCGGUUCCGAGCCGCAUCCAAGAAACUAUGGACUUUUCUACGAUCGCACUCUUGGAAUAAGCGAGUUGAACGCUUGGGGCUCGAUGAGGUGUUUUUGGAUGUCUCCGACAUAAUUUCCUAUAACCAACAAAUCCUCAAUCCGAACGCCUUGGCGCAAUCCUUCUUUCAAUUAUCGCAGGAAGAUCCCGAGAAAGGGUUUGCCUUUGAUGCCUCUUCCUUCUUCGGAUGCACAUAUCCUAAAGAGUACAGAUGCCAGGACGAGUCUGAACGGGACCCGCUCCUGCUUCGCUUGAUCCUAGCAUCACAUCUGGCUGGGUAUCUCCGGCACAAGCUGGAGGAGGAAUUUGGUUAUACUUCAACGUGUGGUGUUUCUAUCAACAAGGUCCUUGCCAAACUGGCAGGGACGAGGAACAAGCCCAAGAACCAGACUUCACUAAUCAGUCUCGAGGACCAAGACGUUCAAAAUUUCAUGGGUGCACAUCAGAUCAGGAAGGUCCCCGGUCUAGGUCAUAAAACAUCUCAUCUUGUUCAAAACCACGCCCUCUCUCGUGAUUCAGCAGAUAUUCCCCAUAGUGAGGAAUAUUCGGCCAAGAUUACUGUUCAAGAAGUGCUUUCCUGUCCGAAUAUGUCCCCAGAGCUACUUGAAAAGAUUCUUGGCAGAUCAGGCGCAGAAAGGGGCAUUGGUUUGAAAGUAUGGAGACUUCUGCAUGGAGUUGACGAGUCUCCUGUCAAGGAGGCCAGUGAUGUGCCAACUCAAAUCAGCAUUGAAGACACUUACAUGUCCAAACCACUCAAUGCGCCUUCUGAGCUCAUGCGAGAGCUCCGGGCCCUAACAGCUUCACUCGUCAAGAGAAUGCAUGUUGACUUGCUAGAUGAGGAUUUACAUGCUCAGGAGACAAGCGGCCGCAAGUGGCUUGCCUGCCCUAAAACACUACGACUAUCAACGCGAACUAAAAAUAGGCCGAUUGCGGAUAAUCAAAAUACAUUCAGUCGCAAUUCGAGAAGUCAAUCGCUUCCGAAUUUUGUCUUCUCCCUGAGAGACAGCCAAGAGGUCAUUGUAGAACGGCUCGUCAAUGAGGUUGUACUACCUCAAUUCAGGCGACUCCACACUGAACGGCAGGGAUGGAAUCUGUCCUUGAUCAACAUUUGUGUAACCAAUAUGGUUCUCACAGGAAAUGAAGAAGGCACGGGCAGUGGGCGUGACAUAUCGUUCAUGUUCAAGACACAAGACACAAGGUUCAAAGAGUUUACCGUUUACGAUCAAUCAACCCCUGUUGCCUCUCCCGAAGUUGAAGACAUCACGGGCGCCAUACCCAAGCAGCUCAUGCCAGAUACUUCUGAUGACCAAGGAGGAAUGGACGAGUGGGUUGAAGAUGAGCCAGAGGACGUUCUACGAUGUCCAGAGUGUGGAUGCUCUAUACCCACAUUUGCUCUAUCAGCUCAUGAGAGAUUCCAUAUGAUGGGAGACUGA